UCCAUGCCUAUACAUUUCUCUCUGCCGAGGAUACCAUAUCGAUACUAAACUAAAUAGAAAACAUACCUGAAUCAAAAGUCCAUUUUUUUAACUAUUUGAAACAAACAAAUUUUGCUACAAGAGUAUACAAAAAAAAAAACAAGCAAUAACUAAGGUGAACGAUGAGAAAAACAGCGUCUUUCUUCCUUCGGGUGUCCUCCAUUUUGAUUUUGAUUCACGCCGCACGCUCCCAGCACGUGAUGUCCCAGUUCGUACCGCCACUGACGGAAUCCCAUACUGCCCAGCUGUAUGACAUGAAGGUCAAGGAAAAUGGGUUAUUCUCCCAAAUGAAGGUAAACGCUGGACAAGAGAGCUUGUCGUCUCGCAAUAGCUGGACUGACUUCUUGGACAACGGACAAGUUAGAACCACAUUAAAUGAUCUAAACAGAAAGACUUUAAAACAAAAUAGAAAGAGUAUUACUACAGCAAGUCAAGAAAGAGAAAAUAUGGCAAGAAAUAGUGAUGUCAGGAGAAGUAUGUCAAGAGAUACUGAUGCCAGGAGAAGUAUGUCAAGAGAUACUGAUGCCAGGAGAAGUAUGUCAAGAGAUACUGAUGCCAGGAGAAGUAUGUCAAGAGAUGCUGAUGCCAGGAGAAGUAUGUUAAGAAAUAGUGAUGCCAGGAGAAGUAUGUUAAGAGAUAGUGAUGUCAGGAGAAGCAUGUUAAGAGAUACUGAUGUCAGGAGAAGUAUGUCAAGAGAUAGUGAUGCCAGGAGAAUAUUGUCAAGAGAUACUGAUGCUAGGAGAAGUAUGUCAAGAGAUAGUGAUGUCAGAAGAAGUAUGUCAAGGGAUAGUGAUACUAGGAGAAGUAUGUCAAGAGAUACUGAUGCCAGGAGAAGUAUGUCAAGAGAUAGUGAUGUCAGAAGAAGUAUGUCAAGGGAUAGUGAUACUAGGAGAAGUAUGUCAAGAGAUAGUGAUGCCAGGAGAAGUAUGUCAAGAGAUAGUGAUGCCAGGAGAAGUAUGUCAAGAGAUAGUGAUGCCAGGAGAAGUAUGUCAAGAGAUAGUGAUGCUAGGAGAAGUAUUUCAAGAGAUACUGAUGCUAGGAGAAGUAUGUCAAGAGAUAGUGAUGUCAGAAGAAGUAUGUCAAGGGAUAGUGAUACUAGGAGAAGUAUGUCAAGAGAUACUGAUGCUAGGAGAAGUAUGUCAAGAGAUAGUGAUGUCAGAAGAACUGUGUCAAGGGAUAGUGAUACUAGGAGAAGUAUGUCAAGAGAUAGUGAUGCUAGGAGAAGUAUGUCAAGAGAUACUGAUGCCAGGAGAAGUAUGUCAAGAGAUACUGAUGCUAGGAGAAGUAUGUCAAGAGAUAGUGAUGUCAGAAGAACUAUGUCAAGGGAUAGUGAUACUAGGAGAAGUAUGUCAAGAGAUAGUGAUGUCAGAAGAAGUAUGUCAAGAGAUACUGAUGCUAGGAGAAGUAUGUCAAGAGAUAUUGAUGCUAGGAGAAGUAUGUCAAGAGAUACUGAUGCUAGGAGAAGUAUGUCAAGAGAUACUGAUGCUAGAAGAAGUAUGUCAAGAGAUACUGAUGCUAGGAGAAGCAUGUCAAGAGAUAGUGAUGUCAGAAGAAGUAUGUCAAGAGAUACUGAUGCCAGGAGAAGUAUGUCAAGAGAUACUGAUGCUAGGAGAAGUAUGUCAAGAGAUAGUGAUGUCAGAAGAACUGUGUCAAGGGAUAGUGAUACUAGGAGAAGUAUGUCAAGAGAUAGUGAUGCUAGGAGAAGUAUGUCAAGAGAUACUGAUGCCAGGAGAAGUAUGUCAAGAGAUACUGAUGCUAGGAGAAGUAUGUCAAGAGAUAGUGAUGUCAGAAGAACUAUGUCAAGGGAUAGUGAUACUAGGAGAAGUAUGUCAAGAGAUAGUGAUGUCAGAAGAAGUAUGUCAAGAGAUACUGAUGCUAGGAGAAGUAUGUCAAGAGAUACUGAUGCUAGGAGAAGUGUGUCCAGAGAUAGUGAUGCCAGGAGAAGUAUGUCAAGAGAUAGUGAUGCCAGGAGAAGUAUGUCAAGAGAUAGUGAUGCCAGGAGAAGUAUGUCAAGAGAUAGUGAUGCCAGGAGAAGUAUGUCAAGAGAUAGUGAUGCUAGGAGAAGUAUGUCAAGAGAUAGUAAUGCUAGGAGAAGUAUGUCAAGAGAUACUGAUGUCAGGAGAAGUAUGUCAAGAGAUAGUGAUGCCAUGAGAAGUAUGUCAAGAGAUAGUGAUGUCAUGAGAAGUAUGUCAAGAGAUGCUGAUGCCAUGAGAAGUAUGUCAAGAUAUAGUGAUGCCAGGAGAAGUAUGCCAAGAGAUGCUGAUGCCAGGAGAAGUAUGUCAAGGGAUAGUGAUGCCAUGAGAAGUAUGUCAAGAGAUACUGAUUCAAGGAGAAGUUUGUCAAGAGAUACUGAUGCCAGGAGUAUUUUGUCAAGAGAUAGUGAUACUAGGAGAAGUAUGUCAAGAGAUAGUGAUGUCAGGAGAAGUAUGUCAAGAGAUAGUGAUGUCAGGAGAAGUAUGUCAAGAGAUAGUGAUGCCAGGAGAAGUAUGUCAAGAGAUACUAAUGCCAGGAGAAGUAUGUCAAGAUAUAGUGAUACCAGGAGAAGUAUGUCAAGAGAUACUGAUGUCAGAAGUAUGUCAAGAGAUAGUGAUGCUAGGAGAAGUAUGUCAAGAGAUACUGAUGUCAGAAGUAUGUCAAGAGAUAGUGAUGUCAGGAGAAGUAUGUCAAGGGAUAGUGAUGCCAGGAGAAGUAUGUCAAGAGAUUGUGAUGCCAGGAGAAGCAUGUCAAGAGAUACUGAUACUAGGAGAAGUAUGUCAAGAGAUAGUGAUGCCAGGAGAAGCAUGUCAAGAGAUACUGAUACUAGGAAAAGUAUGUCAAGAGAUAGUGAUGCCAGGAGAAGUAUGUCAAGAGAUAGUGAUGCCAGGAGAAGCACGUCAAGAGAUACUGAUACUAGGAGAAGUAUGUCAAGAGACAGUGAUGCCAGGAGAAGCAUGUCAAGAGAUACUGAUGCCAGGAGAAGCAUGUCAAGAGAUACUGAUACUAGGAGAAGUAUGUCAAGAGAUAGUGAUGCCAGGAGAAGCAUGUCAAGAGAAAGUGAUGCCAUUAGAAGCAUGUCAAGAGAAAGUAAUGUUAUAAAAGCAAUAAGAAAAGAAAAUAAUGUGUGUAAAGUUCGAUCUAAAGAUAUUAAUUUAAUACAAUCUCUUGACAGCGAAAUCAAAGCAUUAGACUUUCAUUCUGAAAUAGAUUUCACGUCGGAGGUCUCGGAUCAAGAAGUAAACAAAACCCUGAGCUCUCUUUGGCUUACGAAGCACUCACUUUCUCCAAAGCAGAUAACGCUUCCUGUUUCAGAUGCAGCUCAUUCAUAUAGUUCAGUAUUGCCUUAUUUCAAGCCUUCCGGUAAAGAUUGCACUAAGUUUUUGUCUCCAGAUUUCAGUACAUUUCCCCUACUCAAUGCGUGCCAGUCAGAUAACGAACCACUUGGUUGUUCAACAUAUGCGACAGAUGUAAAACACCAGAUCGUUAAGGUCAUGCCAACUAAAAAGCAGUUCAGUCAAAGUGAAAAUAAUCUCAAUCUACCCGACUUCACCAUGAACAAAAACGAUCGAGUUGACAACAGAAUGUUCAGUGACGCGGUUAGUCGACAAAACCAAGAAAGCAUUCAAUCUGAAGAGACGUUGGCAACAUUUUCACAGCUUACCUGGCUGGAUGAUGUAUGGACGUCACUCAGGGUUGGAGUUGUCGGCCUUAUCGGGCUCUCGGGUCUCUUCAUGAACAAGCCACCCUUCUCAGCCAAGAGCUCAACUUUUUAAGUACCACCAGAGGGCGCAUCGGGCCAACAGUAGCAGAAGAUAAUUCAUUAGAAGAAGAUCUACAUCGUCCUUUGAUGUCACUGAUCUACACAUAUUAUACAAUAAUAAUCUUUUCAUAUAAUUUAUUUUAAUUCAUAAUGACUUCAAAGUCUAGACUCCAGAUGUAAACAUAUAUUUACAAUAAUUGAAAUAUUUAACUUCAUUAACCGUUGUCUUUUUUUUUAAACUCUUUCUCUCCGUAAUUAUUUACCACAUUCUGAUGGAAUCAACGUUGGUAUCGUCAGUUAGGAGAGAAAGAGUUAACAGCGUUGUUAAAAUUUGAAGUUAAUUUGUCGUACUCCCUCUGUCAAUUCUAUUUGAAUAAAAUGUUACUGAACUAAUGAAAAUAUCAAAUUUCUUA